AUGUCUUCAGCCGCUUUGCAGACCGCCCCUCAUCAACCAACAUCAAUAGGAUCGCAAUCUCCAGUGGCAGCACCAUCCUCCUCGGGGAGACCUUACACUUCGGGCUCACAACAAUCGCGAGACCCUUACUAUAAUCAAUCCACCACCAACGCUUCUCCCUCCUCUGCAAGAAAACCAUCUCGAAGGCCGAGCGGCAAUGGCGCAUCUACAAACACACCUCCCCAACCCCAGUACACCUCACCUUCGGUAACCACAAACUCAGCUCCAAUAAAUCCUCGCAGUAAUCAUCCUUCAAAUCAAAUCUCCCCAACCACCGCCACAUCCCCUUCGAGUUUUGCUCCAAUGGCUCCGGGCGAUCAUCAACGAGGUGUGCCCCCAAUGGUCUCGGAAAGAUCUUCUUCAAACAGACCGAGUACAGCAAUAGCGCCUGCCACUUCGGCCACAAAUCGUAGCUCGAGUUCAAGACGAGGUGAACAUUCGGACGAGCAGCGGGCGAGAGAUUCCCCACGUCGGGCACAGUCACAGGAGAACCAGUAUCACGAGAGGAGGAAUAUACAAACCAAUGGAACGAGCAGCGAGGAUGCAACAGCUGCUGCCACAGCGGCCACUCGAGCCAGACGCAGAGCUCAACAAUCACCUGAAGCUCUACCGCAUAGACCGAGUGGAAGUCGUGAACAGAGAGCUGGCCCACCUCCUAAUGCACAAAAUAGAUCACAUCCAGCGGGUACCAAUUCGCCUGCUGGACUGUCCCACGAAGCAAGUGAGGUGUUGAAUCGUGUGAUUGUGAGCGAUCCCAAGGUGGAUUUGGAGCGAGAGAGGGAACGAAUGGCGGAGGCCGUACCUAAUGUCGUUGCAGCUCCUCCCGUGGUGGAAGAAGCUCCUCGGCAGCAGAGAUCCCGUCAUGAUCACUCAGCAAACUCUGGGAAACGUGAAAAGAACAGUAAAUUCGGUGGUACUCAAGUCGCUAUCAAACUUAUCCGCCGCGACAGUGUCGGGACGAACCCUACGAGACUUGCAAAGAUUUACAGAGAAAUCGCCAUUCUUCGAGAGAUAUCCCAUCCCAAUAUUGUUCAGUUACAUGAGAUGGUGGAAACAGAAAAGCAAAUUGGUAUCAUUCUGGAGUAUGCUUCAGGGGGAGAACUCUUUGACUACAUUCUCAACCACCGAUACCUCAAGGAUAACGCUGCUCGCCGCCUGUUUGCUCAAUUGGUCUCUGGUGUUGGAUAUCUACAUAAGAAGGGAAUUGUUCACCGAGAUUUGAAGCUUGAGAACCUUCUGCUGGAUCGCAACCGCAACAUUAUCAUUACGGAUUUUGGUUUUGCAAACACCUUUAACCCCGACGAUGAGCUUGGAGACGAAAUCGAGUACAACUUAGCUAGUCGUGACUACGUCAAGCGUAUGGAGUUGGAUAAGAUUUUACCUGGCGGCUCGCGGAGAGGAGAUCUGAUGCAGACAAGUUGUGGCAGUCCGUGCUAUGCAGCUCCAGAAUUGGUUUAUGCAAUGCUUGCAGGAUACCUACCUUUCGAUGAUGAUCCAGCCAAUCCUGAGGGCGACAACAUUAACCUUCUCUACAAAUAUAUAGUUUCGACACCACUUACCUUUCCAGAAUAUGUUACACCGCAUGCUCGAGACCUUCUCCGACGUAUUCUCGUCCCAGACCCACGCAAACGUGCAGAUCUAUUUGAAGUUGCUCGACACAGUUGGCUGAGCGAAUAUGCGCAUGUCGUUGGCUUCAUUACUAGCAGCACAACUACUACUGUAGAGAUUGCCAACACUACUGUCCCAUCUGAUGAACCUCAAGAAGCUCCUCUACUUGCGAGAAGUGCUUCAGUUCGGGAACCCAAAUCACAAAAGGCACCCGCAGCCGUUGGGGAUCUCAGUAGGAAACAUGGGCAUGUGGAUCAAGAUGGAGAAGAGGCGCCUCCCAAAACUUCAAAGGACAACAAGAGACGAACUGUACAGGUCGAAUAUGUGGCUCCCAGAUCACAAACACAGAGAGGCGAGCCUUCUACCAACUCGCCCAGUGCUCAAUCUGGUUCGAGAACACGCGCUCGUGCUGGCAGCCAAGGCCCAGUCGAGAUUUCCGGAGCUCAAGGCUCUAGAAGAAAUGUCCCUGCAGGAGAUAAGUCAUCGCCUCAGGAUCCUUCAAUGACAAGAGAAGCCCAACAAGCAGCCUCGGCAAGACGAACGGGAAGCUCACAGCGACAACAAGGUAUGGUUCCACCUCCUCGACCUACUCGGGAUCACCGCGCUGCUUCAGACAUUAACUAUACGACCCCAGUGACUGGCCAACCAUCAAUCGCAAGACCAACUACCGGUGGUUCCAUGACUUCUAAUAGAUCUGGAUCUAUGGGCUUCCCAACCCGUGGAUCUUACAGCCAGCCUGUGGCCCCAACCGUCGCGGGAACUAAUGCUCAUGGCCGUAUGUCUCAACCUCAACCAAAGAGCUCGAAUAGCUACAAUAUAUCCCCUCCUAUGAUUCAGGGCGAACAAACCUUUGAAUACCCUCCUCAAUCAACUUCUCAACCUAUAGCUCCAAAAUUCGCCAGAGUCGCAGGACUUCCAGCAGGAACUGCAAAUGUACCAUCUGAGGGUAGCAAGACUCACAAGAGAUCAAACACGAUCGGGGGCAUAUUUAGCAGAACUAAUUCGCUUUUUGGUGGUAAAUCACACGCAGAGAAAUCUUCAGAAAAGCCAAAGAAGUCAUAUCCUCCAGUCAGCAUGUCAAAUGCCAAUAUCAUAAAUACCGAUGACUCGAGACAGUCGAUAGACUCUAGACGCUCCAUAUCAUUUGGGUUUGGCAAAAAGAGAAGUGGAAGUAUAGCUGGGCGAUCCACGACAGGUUCUCAGGAAAAAGCUUCAAGAAGAUUUUCUCUCCUCCCGGCAUCAUUCUCUUUGAAAUCUAUUGGUAUCGGUAAAGACCCAAAUACCCCACCUGCUAGCACUCCAACCGACGGUCACUAUGAGCCAUAUCCCGAAAUGCAAGGUAAUCAUCUUGACGCGUCGCAGGACAACAGAAAUGUUAGUGGAAGUACAGCCGAAUACCAGCAUGCGGAUGCAGCAUAUGAUCCAAACCGCGCUAGCCCAGCACAACAAGAAAGACAACGUUUUGCUCAACCACAACAGCAGAAUCCAGAUUCUAGGAUGGGUGGCCCACCACAAUUCUUACCGCCUGCAAACUUCCGCCAAGAUGAAUCGGCAUUGACGACUGAUUCUGAAUCUUCAUUUGGUCAAAGUCGACGUGGUCCAUAUCAGAAUGACAAUAAUAACUCAUAUGAAGACUCGCGACGACCAUCAGGACGCAAUAAUGGUAGAGGUGUACUACAGAAGAACAAUCGCAAGUUUGCCGAUGCUUAUGAUCAAGAGCAUGCACACAAUGAUCAUGGUGGUAGUAGUGGUGCAGCUAGAAAGGUCAUGGACUUUUUCCGAAGACGUGGAAAGGCUCGUGGAGAGUGA